GUGCUGAUCACAACUCAUUAGACGAGCUACUCCCCCAAGUUUUUUGGAGCGAAAAUACCGGCAGGGACCCCUGCCGACGUGAUUAGUACUCCCCGCAGCUGUCUAACCCAUAAAAAAGUGGAGAUUCUCGCUCGCAAUAAAUUUAUUUUACCCAAACAAGUCGUAAAAAAUCGAAUUUUUAACAAUAGUCUUGAAUCAGGUGUUUGAAAUGACAACGGAGAAAGUUGACUGGGGUAAACUUGCAGAGGAGGGAGACCUAUUGGCGUCUAGCGUCACAAACUUGACCAUCAAACAAAACAGCACACCCCCUGAAACCAAUGGAGUUGAUGCCUCCGACACUGAAAAAGCCCCGACAGCAGCAGAAGAGUCCCUCCUCAAGAAACUCCUCCACAAGUCUCUCGUCGAGUCCAAACAGGAGCUGGAAAUCCAGCGUAAGAACCCACACUCACCCCUGUACAGUGUGAAAUCGUUCGAGGAGCUGAAACUCCAGCCGAAGCUUCUGAUGGGGGUCUACGACAUGGGGUUCAUGAAGCCCUCGAAGAUCCAGGAAAUGGCCCUGCCAACUUUGCUGGCUGAUCCACCAGGGAAUAUGAUCGCCCAGUCCCAGUCUGGCACUGGGAAAACAGCUGCCUUCGUGCUGGCCAUGCUGAGCAGGGUCGACACGUCGAAACCUUAUCCCCAGGUGCUCUGUUUAUCACCUACUUAUGAGUUGGCUAUUCAGACUGGGGAGGUAGCUGCCAAGAUGUCCAAGCACUGUCCUGAGAUCAAGAUCAAGUAUGCUGUGAGGGGAGAACAGAUGGCAAGAGGUGAGAAGAUCACGGACCACAUAAUCAUCGGCACCCCUGGCAAAGCCCUGGACUGGUCCCUCAAAUUUCGAUUCUUCGAUCUCAACAAAAUCACAGUUUUUGUUCUCGACGAGGCCGACGUGAUGAUUGCCACACAGGGUCAUCAGGACCAGUGCAUCAGGAUUCACAAGAUGUUACCCAAGACAUGUCAGAUAAUGUUCUUCUCGGCGACGUAUGAAAAAGCAGUGAUGGACUUUGCUGAGAUCAUUGUCGACGCUCCCAUGAUCAUCAGACUGCUGAAGGAGGAAGAAUGUUUAGACAACAUCAAGCAGUUCUACGUCAACUGCCAGGACAUGGAAGCCAAAUACGACGCCAUCACCACGAUCUACACGAAUCUCACAGGACAGGCCAUCAUUUUCUGUCACACGAGGAGGACUGCUUCGUGGCUGGCUGAGAAAAUGGUCGAUGAGGGAUUCACAGUGGCUGUAUUGUCUGGGGAUAUGACUGUCGAGGAUCGAAUCAGAGUUCUGGAUCUCUUCAAGGAGGGCUGUGUCACUGUUCUGGUGACAACUAAUGUGUUAGCUCGAGGCAUUGACGUGGAUCAGGUGUCUCUCGUCGUAAAUUUCGAUCUCCCCAUUGAUCAACAACGGAAAGCAGACCACGAGACGUACCUCCACAGGAUCGGUAGAACAGGUAGAUUUGGAAAGAAAGGAAUCGCCGUAAACCUCGUCGACUCCCCCCAGGCAGCGGCUAUUUGCCAGGACAUGGAGAGACACUUCGGGAAGAAAAUCGAACUCCUCGACAUAGGUUGUCGGGACCUCAAGGCUAAAAUUCGACAGUAGCGAACAACAUGAAUAGCUCCACUUAUUUUAAUUAAUAUCAUAAUUACUUCCUAAGUUAUCGACUUAAUAAAGCUUUCAUACCCAUGAGUUUAUUUUAUCAUUCAAUGAUUCUUUGAUUGUGCAUGCAAAUGGCAUUCAGAGCCUGUUGGAAGUAGAAAUAUGUAUUUUUUUAUCGAAUACUCGUUCGUCUUCGCUCGACACAACUAAUUUUCCUGGUUGGAUUACCUUAUUGUCAAGAUGAUAUAGCUUUGAAUAAAAUUUUUUGAAUAAAUGGGAAA